AUGAAUGAUAAACAAUUGUGUACAUUAAAACAACGUUUAUUAACAUAUUUAUAUAAACGUGCUAAACAGAGUAAUAAACAAUUACGUUUUAUUCAUUCAUUCAAUGAUUAUCUAGCUAGUAAAUUUUAUAAAGUACAAUUUUUAACAAAUAAUAUAAUCUUACUUAAAUUUGCUCAUGAAACAAUUGUUAAUAAACGUCAACAAGAACAACAAAUGCAUUAUGCAUUAUUUGUUGUUUAUAAUAUUCAAACAUCAACAAUUUUAAAUAUUUAUGAUGAUUCAUCAACUGAAUUAGCGACGAUAUUUGAAAAAUAUAAUGAUGAUUUUCGUUAUUCAUCAUCCUAUGGUUUAAUUAAUUAUAAAAAUUUAGAAUUUUUUCCAUUAUCAACAUAUGCUGGUCGUCGACAAUUUGAACAUAUGUAUUAUCAUUCAACAUCAACCGGUGAUUAUGAUUCAAUAAAACGUUUACUUAUGCAAUUACCAUUACGUACAAUAACACAUACAAUAUCUCCAUAUCUUGAUUUAAAUUUAUAUUCUUAUGAUGAUAAAAUUGUUCAUAUUGAUGAUAUGACAAAAACAUGUCCAAAUAAUCCUGUAAGAUUUUUUUCACGUGAUUGUCAAAGAAUGAAAUUUCAAUUAACAUUAACAAAUCGUUCAAUUAUUUUACCACAAUUUACAACUACAACAACAACAGACAAUUCAACAGCAGCAGCAACAACAACAACAACGGCGACAGCAACAGCAACGACGACAAUUGUUACACCAACUAUAACAAAUAAUAAUACAACAACAACAGCAAAUGCUUUACUUAUUCCAAAUACAUUAACACCUAAUCGUCGUACAACAUUAGCUACACUAUGGCAUCCAAUUGAACCAUUUUGUAUAACAAUACAACGAUGGCCAAGAGAUCUUGAUAAUAUACAUAAUUUUCAUUUAUAUCGACCACCGAAUUUACGAUGA